GGAGGAGGAAAAGCCCGAACCAAAAUCAAUGAGUCGCGUCCGGUAAAAGCAGAUUCUCCAGUUCUCUCACUCGUCUCUCUCACAGACUCUUUCUUCUUCCUCGUCCGAAGAGCAUUGAACUUUGCUCAGAAGAAGGUCUAGGGCAAAGGUAAAGGCGAAGCAAAGCAUCUCCGCUCUCUCUCUCUGACACACACACGCACGCACGCACGCACGCACGCACGCUUCAUUGGCGGAGUCUCUGCUGAUUUCCGUUCAGAGAGAUGGCAACUCCGAUGGACCUGCUCAGGUCCAACCUCUCCCGGGUUCGGAUCCCUGAACCCACCAACCGUAUUUACAAGCAAGAGUGCUGCGUCUCCUUCGACACUCCGAGGUCUGAAGGUGGCCUGUAUAUAGACAUGACCACAUUUCUUGCAUUUGGGAAGGAGUAUGUGGGCUGGAACUAUGAGAAGACUGGUAAUCCAGUCUACUUGCAUAUUAAACAGACAAAGAAGCCGGUUCCUGAAGAUAGACCUUCAAAGAAACCUACACUUUUGGCAAUAGGUGUUGAUGGGGGUUUCGACAACAAUGAAACUGAAUAUGAAGAAUCUUACAGUAUCGUUAUAUUACCUGCUCAUGUAGCGCUGCCUUUUCCUUCAGUGGAGUUGCCGGAGAAGGUGAGGUUGGCCGUUGAUGCUGUUCUAAUAGCUGAAGGUGCCGAGCGGAAAGAGCAAGUCGCAGCAUGGGUAGCAGAUAAGAAGCAAGUCAGUGCAUAUGCCAUGAACUUACAGCAGAUAGAUAAUGGCGUGACUAUUCCUCCUUCGGGUUGGAAAUGUGCUAGGUGUGACCAAACUGAGAAUCUGUGGCUCAAUUUAACUGAUGGAAUGAUCCUCUGUGGGAGGAGAAAUUGGGAUGGAACUGGUGGCAACAAUCAUGCAGUCGAACACUACAAGGAGACAGGUUACCCACUUGCAGUCAAACUUGGGACCAUAACUGCUGAUUUAGAAGGAGCAGAUGUUUUUUCAUAUCCGGAGGAUGAAAGUGUGUUGGACCCUCAUCUAGCUCAGCAUUUAGCAUUUUUUGGGAUUGAUUUCUCAGCAUUGCAGAAGACAGAAAUGACAACUGCGGAAAAGGAACUUGACCAGAACACUAAUUUUGAUUGGAACCGAAUUCAAGAAAGUGGGAAGGAGCUGGAACCACUUUAUGGUCCUGGUUAUACUGGACUUGUUAAUCUUGGCAAUAGUUGCUAUCUGGCGGCAACGAUGCAAGUUGUCUUCUCAACCCAAUCCUUCUGUUCACGGUAUUUUGUGAAUCAAAGCCUAAAAGCAGCUUUCGAGAGGGCUCCAGCAGAUCCAACCAUCGAUUUAAACAUGCAAUUAGUAAAGUUGGCGCAUGGUUUACUCUCUGGAAAAUACUCGGUUCCUGCAAUGAAGGAAGAAGAUAAUGCUGAUAGUGCAAAAGAUAAACAGGAAGGGAUCCCCCCUCGUAUGUUCAAAACAGUAAUUGCUGCUAGCCAUCCCGAAUUUUCGACAAUGAGGCAACAGGAUGCCUUGGAGUUUUUCCUACAUUUUCUUGAUCAAGUGGAGCGCUCAAAUGGUGGGAAUCCAGAGUUGGACCCCUCAAGAAGUUUCAAGUUUGGUAUUGAAGAUCGAAUUUUGUGCCCAUCUGGGAGAGUCGCUUACAACAAGAGGCUUGAUUACAUUCUUUCAUUAAAUAUUCCGCUUCAUGAAGCCACAAAUAAAGAGGAACUAAAAGCAUUUGACAAAUUAAAGGCUGAAAGAGCUUCAGAAGGGAAGGCACCGUCUAAUGACGAAAUUGUACGUCCAAGGGUUCCUCUGGAAGCAUGUCUGGCCAGCUUUUCUGCUCCAGAGGAGGUCCAAGAUUUCUACAGCACUGCCUUGAAGGCUAAGACAACAGCUAUUAAGACUGCUGGUCUGACUUCAUUUCCCGACUAUUUGGUGCUUCACAUGCGGAAGUUUGUCAUGGAGGCAGGCUGGGUCCCCAAGAAGCUUGAUGUAUAUAUAGAUGUUCCGGAUAUUAUAGACAUCAGUCAUAUGCGGAGCAAGGGUCUUCAACCCGGGGAGGAGCUGUUACCUGAGGUUCCUGAGGAUGCGGCGGAGUCGAAUAAGCUUAUGGCCAACGAGGAGAUUGUUGCUCAACUUGUAUCAAUGGGUUUCAACCAUCUCCAUUGUGAGAAAGCUGCUAUUCGAACAUCAAAUGCUGGAGUUGAGGAAGCGAUGAAUUGGCUGCUGAGUCACAUGGACGAUGCAGAUAUAAAUGAUCCGAUUUCUGAGGAUGCUGGAAAUCAGGGGAAUGCCUUAUCGAAUGUAGACCAAGCACAAGUUGAUACUUUGAUAUCAUUUGGUUUUCAAGAAGAUAUUGCAAGGAAGGCACUGAAGGCAUCGGGUGGCGAUAUCGAGAAAGCGACAGAUUGGAUAUUCAGCAAUCCUGAUGCUUCUGCCUCAUCUGACAUGGAUAUUGCCCCAUCGAGCUCUGCUAGUAAUCCAAGUGAUGCUAGUCUACCUGAUGGAGCAGGAAAAUAUAGGCUGAUGGGUUUAGUUAGCCACAUGGGGACCUCCACGCACUGUGGCCACUACGUUGCUCACAUAGACAAGGAUGGAAAAUGGGCAAUUUUCAAUGACAAGAAGGUUGGAGUUUCCAAGAAUCCUCCCAAGGACAUGGGUUACUUGUACUUUUUCGAGAGACUUAACAGCUAAACAUCAGAGGAAGGAGAUAAGUCGACUCAGUGGCAGGAGAGACCUUGAGAGAGAGAGAAACGGAAGGCAAAUUUAGAACGCUUGCAGCAUGUAGAGCUUUUGAAGUUUUGCUUUCAACUCUUCCCGUCUAUGAGGUUAAAUUGAUGAUCUUUCGUGCUGCAGAAUUCCAAUGUCUUCUGUGUAUGAGCGCUGCAAUGUCACGUACUUUCCCCUUUCGGGCAGACUAUUGAAUCCAUGGCUACAUAGGGGAAAAAGUCGGAAAAUUUGGGGAAUGACCAUGCUGGAGACUGAUAAUUCCUGAACUUGUCCAGACCAUGGAUGUUCCCCAUCACAUGGAUAAAUAGUUUAGGGAAUUCACAGUGAUAGUUUAUGAAGUUCUCGCGAUGCUCGGUUCUGAUUA